CUGGGUAAGGCCUGGAGUAGCCUAAGGCUGGGCCAUUGAAGUUCAGAUUGAAAAUGGCUUGUGUUUGUUUCUGGACCUAGACUGUCAAAAUCUCCUGUAACGAUGUCGAACUCCAAUCGAAGUAAACCACGUGUCCCGUUCAAUACCUUAUGCUUGACGUGUGUAAUUCGGAGUGGUGGGUUCUCCCACAUCCAUUUUUUUUAUUUCUCCUGGCCGCUGCCUGCUUCCUCCUCCAGCCAUGGCCACCAACAACAACGAAAAUUUUUAAAAAAAUCAAAUUAUUCAAUUCCUCAAAUGCGACAAAUCAAAUCCUAAUUUUCUAAAAUUCUUUUACUUUCUUUUUUCUUGAGAUAAAUCGAGAUCGAUAGGAUCGGAGUUUAUGUGAUUGAUUUUCGAUAUAAUUUAAAAGAGAGGGAGAGAUUGGGGAAAAAAACAAGGACAAAAGAGCAGGCAAUUUGGCUGAAACAUGUCUGCCAUAGUUUCAGGAAAGAGAUCUUUCUUUGAGGAAUUGAGUGCGACAUCUCCCGUUUCUAAGAGAAUCCGUUGCUCUUCUCGUUUUGCUUCUUCUUCUUCUUCGCCUCCCUCCUUGUUUUUGAUCGAUCAACUGACUGUUAUUUUCCCUGAAAUGGACAAGCAGGUUCUUGAGAGAGCACUUGAAGAAUGUGGAGAUGAUUUGGAUUCAGCUAUUAGAAGUUUGAAUGAGCUUCGUUUAGGAUCUGCUGCAGCAGCUGCUGCUGAUGCUGCUGCUGCUGCUGAUGCUGAUGAUGAUAAAACUGGUGUAGAAUUAGAGGAAAAUGUUCAACUUCAAGCGCAAGGUAUAGCAGCUAAUGGAGAUGUUCCGACUAAGGAGCAGACAGCUCCAGAAUUCUUCUUGAUGGAUGGUCCAGAUUGGGUGGAGCUUUUUGUUAGAGAAAUGUUGAAUGCUUCUAACAUUGAUGAUGCCAGAGCUCGUGCCUCAAGAGCACUGGAGGCUUUGGAGAAGUCCAUUCGUGCACGAGCUGGAGAAGAGCUGGCCCAAAAUUUUCACCAGGAAAAUAUGAUGCUGAAAGAACGAUUGGAAACACUUAUUCAGGAAAAUGCCAUUCUCAAGCGAGCUGUUUCUGUUCAACAUGAGCGUCAGAAAGAGUAUGAAAAUCAGAGUCAAGAGUUGCGGCAACUGAAGCAACUAGUGUCUCAGUAUCAGGAGCAGUUGAGAACCCUUGAGGUAAACAACUAUGCAUUGACAAUGCACUUGAAGCAAGCACAGCAAAGUAGCUCCAUCCCAGGCCGUUUCAACCCUGAUGUUUUCUAGUAAUUCUUGGAUAUGGCUUUGCAGAUGAUUGUGUACAACCUGUUUUUGAAUCCUAGUAAAAGUUUUGCUAUCGAUCUUUAGCCACUUAGAGUUUUUCAUCUUCUUCAAUUAAUGUGCUGCCACUUGCAUUUAUUUUUUUUUUCUCUUUUUACAGAAGGGUAGGCUGCAGUUAAAAGACAUGCUCUUGAAUUUUUAACCAAAUGCAACCAUGUUCAUGCUUGAAGUGGAUAUUUGAUAAUAAAAAAUGUUUUUAGGCUUUAUAUCCAGACUUGAAGUUUUUAUUUGUAUCCACACAUAUGCUGUAGAAGAAGACAUAACUCAGAAG